CGCCGUCCUCUCCUCGACGUCGAGACAUGUCUUGAUAACACUCUCCGCUCAGCUCAGAAUGGACCUCCUCCUGCCUCGAGGACCGCCCACGGCCCCGCCCCCAGAUCUCGUCAUCCACAACGCGAGCGUCACCGACCAUGCAUGGCAGCGCAAGUUUACGAUCAUAUGGGCCUCCGUCAUAGCCUUCAGCACGCUCUGCUCGAUCCCAUGGAUCCUACGCGCGAUCCGGCAGAGGCGGCUGUACGCCGGCCUCUCGAUCCGUGAGAGCGACGUGCGCCCCGCCGAGAAGACUCCUGUCCCGACUCCGCCUCCACCCCGCCCCUCAUCCACCGUGACGGCGGCGCUCGCCCUCCUCCAAUCCGCGGCGCUGUACACGCCGCGCCUGUGGCGCCGCGCGUCGCUCUCGCUCGCGCAGAUGGCGCUCGUCGCCGCCCUCCUAGCCGCCGCCAUCGCGUGCUGGACAACCGGCGCGGACUUGAAGACCAACUCGAACCGCGCGGGAUAUCUCGCGCUCGCGCACCUCCCCCUCCUCAUCUUGCUCGCGCUCAAGACGCCGCUCCCCCUCCCCGUCUUCCUGCCGUCGCUGAGCUACGAGCACUACAAUUUCCUGCACCGCUGGGCGGGGCGCAGCGUCUGGCUCGCCGCCACCGUCCACAUGGCGUGCUGGCUCAACCAGUACAUCUCGACGGGGCAGUGGGACCAGGUGUGGAAGAGCAAAAGCGUGCGCGGCAUGGUCGCGUACGCCAUGCUCUGCAUGGUGGCGGUGACGUCUAUCAAGCCCGUCCGGCGGAGGUACUACCAGAUUUUCUGGGCGAGCCACGUCAUCUUCUUCGUCGGCUUCUUCGCGGGGCUGUGCUACCACACCUCGCACGCGCUGUCUUGGGUCUACGUCUGCGCGGGCCUCUACGCCUACGACCUCUUCGCCCGCCUCCUCCGCUACAGGCUUAAAGACGCAACCCUGGUUCCCAUCGACGCGACGCUGACGAUGAUCUACAUCCCCGACUGCGACGCCGGCUGGCUCCCUACACAACACGUGCAUCUCCGCGUCCUGCGCGGCGCGGGCAUAUUCGAAGCCCACCCGUUCACGAUCACGAACGCGCCGCCCGCCGCGCUCCGCGGCAACACGCGCGGCAUCGUGCUCUACGUCAAAGUCGCGGGCGACUGGACGCGGCGCGUGCACCGCAUGGCGGGCGAGACAGGGCUCGAAGAGGGCGACGACUACGAGCUCCGCGAAGCGCUCAUCGAGGGGAAGUGCGGGGCGGAGCACCCCGGCCGGCGCGUCACCGUCAUGCUCGACGGGCCGUACGGCGGCCUCAAGAUGGAUUUUAGCGCGUACGGCCGCGCGCUGGUCAUCGCGGGCGGGUCGGGAGUCACGUUCCUCCUCGGCACGAUCGAGGAGAUACUCACGUGGCGACAGAAGGGACAGGGGCCAGGCAAAGUGACCGCCGCGUGGGCGGUGCGCGACUUAUCGACGAUCGAGGCGCUCGCGCCCACAUUGACGAGGCUGCACGAGCUCGCCGCCGCGCUCGACACCGAGAUCGAGUACGCCCUCUUCCUCACGGACCCGCCCGCGACACUGCCCCCCACCAUGUCCCUCGUGCCGUCUGCGACGCUCACCCCGUCCCGGCCUGAGGUGCCGUGCCUCGUGCGCGAGGCGCUGGGCGGCGGCGCCUUCGGCGACGGCCCGCGCGGACUCGCUGUCAUUGCCGCUGGGCCCGAGGCGCUCGUCACGCAGGCGCGGAACGCCGUCGCAGGGAUUAGCGUGGCUGAGCGCGUGCGGGCUGGGGGUAUUGGCUUCCAUGACGAGGUGUACGCUUUGUAG